GUCGCUCGGAUGCUGUUUCAGUUUCGAUUCAGUUUCAGCGCUGGAAGCUGCAAAAAGCCCAUCAAAGCUGGGAUCGCGUGCAGCUGAGCCAGUUUCACGACACGUUCGGUCAGAUUGUGUUGAAAUUCAGAUUGAUUGAUGUCGCUGCUCCUUUCAAUCUAGGUUUUCCUCAAAUCAGAUGAGAUGGCUGGAAAGUUGCUGGCGCUUCUGAUACUCGCCACAAAGCUGAAAGUUUUAAUGGGCUUGCCAGAUCUCAUUCCAAUUGGAGGCUUGUUCCAUCCGACUGACGAUAAGCAGGAAAUCGCGUUCCGCUACGCCAUAGAGAAAAUUAACAGCGACAGAACGAUAUUGACUCGGUCAAAGUUGCAGGCUCAAAUUGAGAAAAUUCCCCCCCAGGACAGCUUCCAUGCUUCGAAAAAAGUUUGUCAUUUGUUGAGGACGGGAGUGGCAGCGAUUUUCGGUCCCCAGUCUCCUCAUACUGCCAGUCAUGUUCAAUCCAUUUGCGACACGAUGGAAAUUCCCCAUUUGGAGACUCGAUGGGACUACAGAUUGCGCCGGGAAAGUUGUCUUGUCAAUUUGUAUCCCCAUCCAACCACCCUGUCCAGAGCUUAUGUCGAUUUGGUUAAGGCUUGGGGAUGGAAAUCCUUUACGAUAAUUUACGAAAAUAAUGAGGGAUUAGUUCGGCUUCAGGAGCUGCUGAAGGCUCAUGGUCCCUAUGAGUUUCCCAUAACAGUGCGGCAGUUAGGAGAAGGAAAUGAUUAUAGGCCUUUGCUUAAGCAAAUAAAAAAUUCCGCCGAAUCCCAUAUAGUGUUGGAUUGUUCCACGCCCAGAAUUUACGAUGUUCUCAAGCAGGCCCAACAGAUCGGGAUGAUGAGCGAUUAUCACAGUUAUCUGAUCACUUCACUGGAUCUGCAUGGAGUCGAUUUAGAGGAAUUCAAAUAUGGAGGCACGAAUAUCACAGCGUUUCGAUUGGUCGAUCCUGAUGGGCCGGAAAUUAGGCGAGCAGUGCGCGAUUGGAGUUUUCCUCCGGAUAUCAAAAUGAAAAAAACCGAGCCUCUUUCUGGAUUAUAUCGUAGAACUCCUGGACCAAAAAGCUGACCUGGCAAUAGCUGAUCUCACCAUAACAUACGACCGGGAGCAGGCGGUGGACUUCACGAUGCCUUUCAUGAACUUGGGCAUCAGCAUUCUCUAUCGGAAGCCCAUUAAACAGCCCCCGAACCUCUUCUCCUUCCUGUCGCCCCUCUCGCUGGACGUCUGGAUUUACAUGGCUACAGCCUACUUAGGCGUCUCCGUCCUCCUGUUCAUCCUCGCCAGGUUCAGCCCGUAUGAAUGGGACAACCCGCAUCCAUGCAACAGCGAGCCAGAUGUCUUGGAAAACCAGUUCACCCUGCUAAAUUCCUUAUGGUUCACCAUCGGGUCUCUAAUGCAGCAGGGAUCCGAUAUAGCCCCAAAAGCGGUUUCGACCCGAAUGGUGGCAGGAAUGUGGUGGUUCUUCACCCUCAUAAUGAUCUCCUCCUACACGGCCAACCUGGCAGCGUUCCUCACAGUGGAGAGGAUGGACUCCCCAAUAGAAAGCGCUGAAGAUCUGGCAAAGCAGACCAAAAUCAAGUACGGCGCUUUACGCGGAGGCUCAACAGCCGCCUUCUUUCGGGACUCAAACUUCUCAACUUAUCAACGCAUGUGGGCCUUCAUGGAGUCUCAAAGGCCUCCGGUCUUCACCUCCAGCAACCAGGAGGGCGUGGACCAGGUGGUAAAGGGCAAAGGCAGUUAUGCGUUCCUGAUGGAGUCCACCACUAUUGAGUAUAUUAUUGAAAGGAACUGCGAGCUCACUCAGGUGGGCGGGAUGCUCGACUCCAAAGGAUAUGGAAUCGCCAUGCCUCCAAAUUCCCCAUUUAGAACCGCCAUAAGUGGCGCCAUAUUGAAGCUGCAAGAAGAAGGAAAACUGCACAUUCUCAAAACGAGGUGGUGGAAGGAAAAGCGGGGAGGUGGAGCUUGUAGGGACGAAACAACGAAAACGAGCAGCACAGCGAACGAACUGGGCCUGGCCAACGUCGGGGGAGUUUUCGUGGUUCUAAUGGGGGGAAUGGGCGUGGCCUGCGUUAUAGCGGUUUGCGAGUUUGUGUGGAAGUCCAGGAAAGUGGCGGUAGAGGAAAGGGAGUCGUUGUGCUCUGAAAUGUUUUUGGAAUUGCGCCAAGCCUUUUGCUGCCAGGACCCCAAAAAAUCGAUCAAAAAUGGAAAGUCUGCCCAUAAGGAUUCGUUUCAUCCUCAGGGCUCUUACACAAGUUAUGGUUUCGUAGCGAUUACGAAAGAUUCCAGAACUUCAGCGCUUGGUAAAACUAUGCUGCCCUCAAUCAUUAAGGUGUGGAUAGUCGGAUGGUGCCAGAUUAGUGUGUGUCUUGCCAGUGUUUACCAGAGACGCGAAUACCGAAUUGGCGGUUUAUUCAACGAUCCAGUCCAUCAAGCGGCUUUCGAGCUGGCUCUAAUGGAGAAGGAGGAUUGGGAGCAACCUUUCCAACUCAUGGCCGAUAGCUUUAACGUCUCACUUUACAGCAGCUUGGAGUCUCGUCGAGCUGUUUGCGCUUUAAUAAAACGGGGAGUUGUGGGGAUUUUCGGUCCGAGCUCCCACUUCACUUCCAACUACAUCCAGUCCAUGUGCGACAGCAAAGAGAUUCCGCAGAUUGAGACUCACUAUGCGACGAAAAUCUAUAGAAACCGCUGCUCGGUCAAUCUGCAUCCAUACACAGAGGAAAUUGCCCAGUUCUUCGUUCAUUUGAUACGCUCCUACAAUUGGGAGAGCGUGAUAAUCCUGUUUGAGGACGACGAGAGUCUUCGACGAAUCGCCCCCUUAUUGAGGCUGAAUAUUGACUACGGAAUUAAUCUGGUAUUCAGACAAUUGGAACUGGAUUCAUCUGGCAGCUAUCGAGAGGUUUUAACCAGCAUUAAGAAAAUGCCCGACGCUCACAUUCUGCUGGAGUGCUCGAUCGAUAUUUUGGGGGACGUGUUGAAACAAGCCCAGCAAGUUGCUUUAUUGAGCGACAAUUAUAAAUUUAUCAUCACCAACCUGGAUUUUGGCAUUCUGGACCUGGAGCCUUUCCAGUAUGGAGGGACCAACAUCACAGGGAUCCGCAUGUUUGAUCCCUUGGAUGAAACAGUCGUCGCCUUCCAAAGGCAAAUUCAGAAGACUCUUCAAACCGAUGAAAACGCCGGUGAGCCAAAAAUGCGACUGUCCACCGCUCUUGUGAUAGACGGAGUCAACAUGUUUCACCAAGUGAUCAAGGAGCUGGACUCGUUUCCAAGCGCUGUGGAAGCUCAAAGUCUGGACUGCCAGGACACUCAGGCUUGGAAGUUUGGCUACACCAUAGCGAAUCAGAUUAAAGGGAAGGAAUUCAUGGGCAUCACCAAGCGAAUCCUCUUCGACUUUGAGGGGUUCAGAAGGGAUUUCAAACUGGAAGUGAUUUCCCUAACUAACGAAGGUUUGAUCAAAGUGGGCCAAUGGGACACCACAACGAAACAACUCACGGUAGAAAGACAGCACGUUCCAUCCCUGGAUGCGACUGAGACAGAAUUCAACAUUUUCAAUAGAACCUUCUCUAUAGCCAUAGUAUUGACAGCCCCAUAUGCGAUGUUAAAGGAAACAACCGAUCAGCUAACAGGAAACGACAGAUUUGAAGGAUUUUGCAUCGACGUGAUUGAAGAACUGAGCGCGAUAUUGAAGUUCAAUUACACGUUCGUUGUGCAACACGAUGGGAAGAAUGGGAACUUCAAUCGGUCGACCAACCAAUGGGACGGCGUCAUUCGGGCCAUCAUUGAUAAGAAGGCUGAUUUGGCCAUCACGGAUCUAACAAUAACGUCCGAGCGCGAAAACGCAGUCGACUUCACAAUGCCCUUCAUGAACUUAGGUUGGUUGCCUCCUGCUACUGGAAAAAUGCAAUGUUAACACCAUCCCAAUUCAGGCAUCAGAAUCCUAUACAGAAAACCCGAACCAGUUCCCCCCAGUCUAUUCAUGUUCACCUCGCCCUUUUCCACCGGAGUCUGGCUAAUGCUGGGAGUGGCCUACAUUUUGGUGUCCAUCUUCAUCUUCAUCAUGGGCAGAUUGUCGCCGAGCGAAUGGAACAACCCGUUUCCCUGCAUUGACGAGCCUGAGUAUCUGGUCAAUCAGUUCAGCAUCAGAAACUCCCUCUGGUACACUAUUGGGGGGCUGCUGCAGCAAGGCUCAGAGCUGGCUCCAAUAAGCAUAUCAACGCGAACGGCUUCAGGAUUCUGGUGGUUCUUCGUGCUUAUCAUUGUGGCUUCGUAUACAGCCAACCUGGCUGCGUUUUUGACUGUGGAGACUUUGGUGACGCCUUUCAAGAACAUCGACGAACUUGCCAGGCAAACUGAAAUUAAGUAUGGGGCGAAAAAGCUGGGGGCCACCGAGAAUUUCUUCAGGGACUCAAAUAUUAGUACCCAUCAGCGGGUUUACACCUACAUGAAACAGCACCCGGGCUACAUGGUGAUGGAAAACGAAGAAGGAGUAAGAAGAGUUGAAGCUGAGAACUACGCCUAUCUGAUGGAAUCCACCUCAAUUGAGUAUGUCACUCAAAGGCAUUGCAGUUUGUCUCACGUGGGAGGGCUUUUGGAUGACAAGGGAUAUGGAAUAGCCAUGGAGAAAAAUUCUCCCUAUAGGAACGAGUUGAGCAGCAAAGUGAUCAAACUGCAGGAAACGGGCGUUUUGAAUCAGCUCAAGGAUAAAUGGUGGAAGGAAAAGCGAGGAGGAAGCACAUGUUCGGCAAAGUCGGAAGAAUCCGAAGCCGAAGCACUGGAUCUUCAGAAUGUGGGUGGUGUAUUUUUGGUGUUAUUUCUCGGGGCGUUUCUGGGAUUUCUGGGCUCUUUUCUGGAAAUGAUCUUCGGCAUGUACCGCAAGUGCAGAAGAGAAGAUGCGUCGUUUGCAAACUGUCUGAAGAAAGAGCUGCGAUUUUUUGUCAAAUUUAAGGAAACUGUUAAAAAUGUGCAAACUCUUGAAAGCGACGAAAAAGCACAAAUGUAAGCGGAAGUGAAUAUAAAUCAAACCGAUGUUUA